UAAUGUCGGGGGUAGUUGCGCAACAAAAAACGCGCAUGCUGCCUGGCUUGUUCACAUGACUGAGACUUAUGGCGCCGCUCCCGUAUCAACGUGUUGCCAAACUGUUUUUUACAGGAACUUCAGGAAGUUUCGACGUAGCAGCGAAGAGAUCAAGUUGCUAACGAUAACAGUCGAACUACAAGCGGAAGAGUUUUUUUCCUCAUUAACAGGAUGCAGCCAGAGCUUUCAGGCAGAAGCCAGCUGUUCGACUCUCUGAAGACUUAUCUGAACAACAAGAGCAGAUUACAACCCAUCAUUGGUCUGAGCAGCAUCACUGAGUGUGUGAACGUGGGUUCAGCGGACAGAGAAACGUCGUACGUGUGUGAAGUGUGUGUUUGUCGACUCACUAAAGCUGAUAUCCGGAACCACAUACUGGGAAGUCACCACCGGUUCAACUAUAUCAAAACCCGUCACCCCCAUUUAUCAUCUAAAUGGCAGGAGCUGGACCUGUCCAAGCUGGCUUGGCCACUGAUGGAGUUGGCGAAGAUGCUGGAGGGGAAAGAGGGACCAGGCGAUGUCCAGCUAAUAGAAGUUCCUGAUGCUGUUUAUCAGAAGAUCGCUACAGAGAGUGAAGAUAACGCAGCAGCUCUGAUAAACGCCUUACGCGACGAGCAGAGUCCAUCGAGAAGCUUUUCAGAUGCGACGUCCUUGCACUAUCCCUUCGAGUCGGAGAGGAUUGUUCUGCGUGCGCACAAUCGGCGAGGAGCGUCCGAGGUGUCGGACAGCGCCGAUGUGAAACCGUACGAGAUUUUCCCACAAACGGAGUUUCCGCCUUUGAUUCCUGCGCGUCAAACUCCUGAAUCGAAGGUCCGCUUAAAAAGCACAUCAACGCUGGAGAAUACGCCGGCAUUUCCUGAGCCCUCUGUGUUGUCCGAGAACAACAACUUUUUUGGAGACUUCUCAGGAGGCACAUCUCUUGUUGGUCUUGUUUGUGUAGCUGAGUUGAGAAGUGAAAAUGGCAGCUCGUACGGUUUCUUGUGCCACUGCUGCCGCAUCAAAUCCAACAAAAACGACAUAUUUGAUCACCUGACCAGCUAUUCCCACCUGUCCAACUACAUGAUAGAAAAUCAACCCGGUCUGGUCAGCAUUUUGAAUGAAGAUACCGAAGCCAACUUCCAGCUUCUCCAAUCACUGGCUGACCGAGUGGAGCAACAGGAAGGCAGAGGAGAGCCGACGAUAAUAAAUGUACCAGAGUCCUUCUGUAGGCAGAUCACUGGCAAAAGUUACCACUGGUGUUUAAGCAUGCUGUCGAAUGGAUGGGUAAAUACAAAUGUCCAGAAAAAAAGGGAAGCUAUCAAAGGUGUCACCAAGCCCAUGAAGAACACUGUAGUGAUGUCAAAUCAAGCAAAAGGAGAGAAACCACAGAAGAAGAAGAAGAAGAAAAAGACCAAUACCAAGUUCAAUGUGAGCUUACCUUUUCACAAAGGUGCAAUGCUGCUGAAGAGGACCUCCUUCAAUCAAGACAAUCUCUUCGAGCUGACAUCACCUGUGUCUGACCUGGAGCAGAUUUUAUCACCAGGGGACAGAGAGUUAAAAAGUGACUCUGCAGUUUUUGAAAAUGCCAACGCCGAAGUGUCCUCGAACUUGCAGACCUCUCAACUAGAGCAAGAUCUCUGCGAAGGAGAUGUAGAUUUUGAUGAAUUCAUACCAGGGACGGGCAUCAGGGUCACCGUGUUUCAAGACGCUGACGGUGUCCACUUUACCCAGUCUGCAAAAGAAACUGAGACCAAAGAAGAACACACAGGAAGAACGUAUGGAAGACACCAUGGUGCUCAGAGCCUAUUCAGAGACUGGCAAAAUGAAGGCGUCCAGGCAAAGGGCGAGGGACUGUUUCCUGCCGUGUCCCACGAUGAGGCCCAGUGUCCUUAUAACUCUUACUACAGACGGGAAGAAGGCGGCUCCGACGGGUGGCACAGUUCAGCAUCAGUUCAAACGAGAGUGGACGGGUCAAGACAGAGCGAUGACAACACAACCCCCCCUGCUGUUCAACAUUAUCACCAUCAGAAUCAACAGAGGGUGUGGAACGACUCUGGUUCUGGCAGCAUGUGGGCCCAUCGAGACCUGCCUGGUGAUGUAGCUUCUAUUAUAGAAGCUGCCAGGACAAACGUAGAAACGCAGUCGGUGCACAGCCGCAGCGUUUCCUCACAGCAUGGAGUAAGGUCUCAUGAAUCUGAACCGAGACAAACUCCCUCGGGGCUCAGCUUUAACGGUUACUACAUGCACCCACAGAGUUAUGUGGCACAGUCUGCUGCCGGACAGGCCGGCUAUGUAGACCUAAGGGUGAACAGCCAGAAUACUGGACCCAGUACUAACCCUGGCUCGUAUGGGACAUAUCCAGCCAGUAGUGGGGAUGUUUGGGGGGCUUGGAUGCAGCCAAAUGCUUUCAUUCAACCUGGACAAGCGGUUUAUUACGGUGCCAGUUCUGAUGUUUAUUUCAGAACUUGGGGUCCCAACUGAUCAAGCUUUUUCUCCUUCAUUUAAAAAUUUAACGUUAAAUGCAAAUUAAUCUAAACAAUUGCUGUGAAUUGGACUCCCAUCGUGCAGAUAGAACACAUAGAAAGGGUUCUGGCUAUAGUGACAUUUUUAGGACCAAAAAUGUUUUAUAUAAAGUAAUUGUUUUUUAUUUGACUAACUCCAAAGUUGGAAACCAUUUAAUUGACUGAAGGCCAGACUGUGAAGGAUUAUCCUAAAGGUGCCUGAGCAAGUAGGUAGUAGAGGUGAAAGUGCAAUUACUACACAAUUUAGCUAUGCAAGAAUAAAACCAUUUAUUAAAAAUAAAACAAGUUAUUUAAUGUUUUGUAAGACUGAACAACGGGGAAAAGCUAUUUGAAUUCUACCAAACACUCAUAGAUGCAUGCUGAAAACUCGUUUAUCUUUGUAUGACUGAAUUUUGUUUGCA